AUGGGUAACAUUUUUGCAAUCUACCCCGGAAAGAACCAAGGUUUUCCAACGGGAAUCGGCUCCCACUUGGAUACACAGCCAACUGGCGGUCGAUAUGAUGGUGUCUUGGGAGUCUUGACUGGCCUUGAAGUUUUGAGAACUUUCAAGGAGAACAACUUCGUUCCCAACUACCCUGUGUGUGUAGUUAACUGGACCAACGAGGAAGGGGCCAGAUUUCCUGUCAGCAUGAUGUCAUCUUCAGUAUGGGCUGGAACCCAUAAGAAAGACGACAUUUACCAGUUGAGGAGCGUGACAGACGCAAAGCCCGUCUCAGUCAAAGAGGAGCUAGAAAGAAUCGGGUAUAUGGGAGACGUCGAGUGCUCUUACGAAGCUAACCCUUUGGCAGCGCAUUUUGAGCUUCACAUUGAGCAAGGUCCAAUCUUGGAGGAGACAGCCAAAAAAAUUGGUCUCGUGCAAGGUAUCCAAGCAUUGAGGUGGUUUGAGGUGAAAGUAAAAGGAAAAGCUCAACAUACUGGUACUACGCCCUUAAGGAGCAGAAGUGAUGCCCUUCUUGCAGCGUCUAAAAUUGUUAUCAGAGGCAACGAGAUAGCACAGAAGUAUGAUGGUCUUUGCAGCGUGGGGAUCAUGGAAUUGCAACCAGCAGUGGUGAAUGUCAUUCCACAGGAUGUGAAGUUUAUCGUCGAUAUGAGAAACCCAGACGAUAACAAACUCAACCUUAUGUAUGAGGAGAUUCAGAAUGCCAUGGAUCAGAUUAUGAAAGAAAGUGGGGUCAGGCUAAGCUUCGAGUUGAACGAGCUCCUCCACCAGAGAGCUGUACAUUUUGACGAAGAGUGUAAGAAGUGUAUCAAAGAAGCGGCCAUCGAGCUCUAUGGCGAAGACCAGACCUUGCCAAUUGUCAGUGGUGCUGGCCACGACAGCGGUCUCACGGCGCUCAAAUGUCCCACGGCCAUGAUCUUCAUUCCUUCGAGAGACGGUGUGUCCCACAAUCCCGAGGAAUAUAGCACUCCCGAGCAAGUUCACGAAGGGUUUGAGGUGAUGUUGAAUGCCGUGUUGAAGUAUGACGCUCAGCGGAAGGAGUAG